AAUCUCCCACGGAGUGAACGUCUUAAGUCUGAAAAUGUCAUUCUUGUUGGUAUGAUAUCUGGGCCGAAGGAAGCAAGCACUGACAGCAUGAAUCAUUACUUGAAGCCGCUUGUUAACGAAUUGUUGGAGAUGUACAUUGGUGUAGAAAUGACAGACUCACAAAAUAGAAAGAUUGUUGUUUGUGCUGCAUUGAUGUGUGUUGCCUGUGAUAUCUCUGCCACUCGCAAAACCUCUGGAUUUACUGGCCACAUGAGCACAUGCGCCUGUCACAAAUGUCAACAACAAUUCACGACUAUAAAGAAGACCAGCAAGCUUGACUACUCUGGAUUCAAGUAUAGCAAUUGGGCAAAUGCAUUGAACAAUACUGAGCAAACAUGUCUAGAAAAAGAAAAUGGCACUCGGUGGUCAGAGCUUCAUUGGUUAUCUUACUUUGACCUAGUCCGCUUUACAGUUAUAGACCCGAUACAUAACCUCUAUCUUGGAACUGCAAAG